AUGUCCGACAUCGAAGCAGCCAAUUCUACUCAUUUCAACAACUGGCCCAAUGAGCGAGGUUUCGAUGCCAACCAUGAGCAGCGAGCCCCAAUUGAGCUAUCUGUGACAGGGAGUAUCCCUUACUACGCAGCAGGAACCCUCUACCGAACAGGGCCUGGUCGAUACAAAGUCGACACGAAACACGGAAACACUUUCCAAGUCUCGCACUGGUUCGACGGCUUCAGCCAGACCCAUCGAUUCCAGCUCGUUCCUCCUGAUGACGCAGGCUCGCCCAUGCGCGUCUUCUACAACUCCCGCUUCUCAACCGAUGAUCUAAUUGAACAUGCGCGCGAGACAGGCUCCCUGGGUGACAAGUUCAGCUUUGGUGGAUUCAAAGACCGAGUCCAGGACGAGCUUCAGGAUAGGGACCCGUGCGAGGCAAUGUACCAUAAGGUCCAGACUACGUAUGAGCCGCGGACGAACAGCCCUUCAUAUAGCAAUACCGGCGUUACUCUCUCUGUCAACAUGCCCGGGUUGAAUGACCCGCCUUCGCAAUUCUCAAAUGGCAACGACUACACAGACACUAGUCGAAUCAAGACCUUAACCGCCAAAACGGACAACUCAACCUACAAACAGCUUCACCCUUCAACCCUCGAACCCUUAGGCAUAGCCUCUCAGAAGACCCUCCAUCCAGACCUAGACGGGCCUCUCUCCGCAUCACACGCAAAGUCCGAUCCCGAGACGGGCGACAUAUACAACUACAACCUCUCUUUUUCCUCGUUUGGGAUACCGACAUACCGCGUAUUCUGCGUCUCCGCGAAAACAGACGAAACGACCAUUCUGGCUACAUUCACCGCUGCACCGGCCUAUCUGCAUUCGUUCUUCUUAACGAACGACUAUGUGAUUAUCUGUGUUUGGAACUCGCACUUAUCACCUGCAGCCUUCAACCGGAAGCCGGCUUCGUAUGUAGGCGCGCUGAAGGAGUUUGAUCACAAGAUUCCGGCGGUGUGGUACGUUGUUGACCGAUAUGGACAAGGUCUCGUUGCGGUGUACGAGAGUCCGGCAUUCUUCUGCUUCCAUACCAUCAAUGCGUGGCAAAAAACGAGCAAAGUAGACGACAGCUCAACCACACAAACAGACAUUAUCGCCGAGUGCGUCACACUUGAGAACACUGAUAUCCUGUAUCAGCUCUACUACGAGUAUCUCGUCUCCUCGUCAAGCGCAGCGCAUCGCCGAUCCGAUGCACUGAGUAACGGCCACAGCGGCAAAGCCCAGAGUCGUAUUGCGCGGUUCCGGCUGCCAGCUGUCCCAACCCCCAAUGAAGUUGAAGCGAAGGAAGAGCCAAAGAUAGCCCCCCCGCUAAACGCAACCCUCCUGUCAACCAAUUGCGGGGGCCUCUCCCCCGAACUACCCACCCUCAACCCAUCCUACAUCACCCGUCCGCACCGCUAUACCUACGCAGUCAUCGACAGGGGGCUCUCGACUUUCGUCGACGGUCUAAUGAAAUUCGACUCUGUGACCUCGGAAACGAAGAUCUGGUCUGAGCACGCGCAGUCUCCCAGUGAAGCAAUCUUCGUUGCGGAUCCUGAAGGUACGAACGAGGAUGACGGCGUGCUGCUUAGUGUUGUUUUGGAUGGGAAGACCGGUAUGAGCUACUUGCUUGUGCUUGAUGCUCGCGAUUUGAAGGAGGUUGGGAGGGCAGCUGUUCAAGGCGUUGUUGGGUUCGGGUUCCAUGGCGUGCAUGUUUUCUCUGAGACUGGAGUUGGAGGGGUGGAUUUCUAG